UAAAUAAUAUGUAUUAUUUUACACCUAAAUAAAGGCAUUUGGUUUAAUGAUAACACUAUUCAGUAUAUUUGGACUCAAAUGCAACGAACGUUUGUUGAAAAUUCUGUAUGAAUUUAAUCCCGAUAUCAAAACUAUACGAAAAUGUUUCGCAAUCAACGGCUUUCUCAUUAUUAUAAAUUCACUUUUUGGGUUAACCGCUAUCUAUAGAAAGCGUUUAAGUAUUUUAAUUGCCUUUUGUUUCAUACUGAUUGGUUUAUUCGUAUUCACAUUAUUCUCUAUAGUUGUCGGAACAAUUAGUUAUCAUAAUUUGGCAAACCAGAGCCCCAGCCGUGCGGUCGACACGUUCUCCGGACUAAUGAAUGAAUACGAUUGGAAAGGAAUAAACAAUAGUAGCGGACGACUGGUCGACGAGUUUCAGCUCCAAUUCAAUUGUUGCGGUUCUUUGAAUGGCUCCCACAGUUGGGAACCCCUCAGACCUACUGGUGUUCCUAUCGGUGCCUAUCCAUUGUCCUGUUGUCUUAAUGAUGUGAAGUAUGAUUUGGAUAAUCAAUGGUGUGAUGAACAACAAGUGUACCAAAAGGUAACGGUGAGCUAUAGUCAAAACUUUAAUAGAGAUUAUGUUGGGGUCGCGUACUCUCCCUAUACUAAGCACUGGGUUGGGAAACAACUUCCUUAUUGGAACUCAUAUACUCUUCAAGAUAUUAAGGAUAUGUUGAAUGUGGUUAACAGUCGGUUCCGGAGUAUAGCGACAUAUGGUAUGGGAGUCGCCGCUUAUAAUGCCAACAAUAAAUGGGACGAAACUGACUCUAACUGUCUGGUGUCGAGAGCGGCCGCACAAAUUAACCGAGAUAAAAACCAAAAUGCAUUAAUCGUCGCUCAGGGUAUCAAUCAAAUUGAGGACAAUUCACUCCAACAAAAGGAAAUUAAUAAUGCAUUUUCUGCCGCACAGGACGCAAACGGUAUACACGGGAAGACUGUUUGGGGCCUAACGUUCACUAAUGAGUAUUUCACGAAUGAGGCGACGGGUAAUCGUAUACUCAAUAUGAUUACCAGUAAUAAGAAGAGAGCUCAUGAUAUGGGUCUUAAAGUGGGCACAAGAAUACACGUGUGCGGUAUUAUACACAACUCGGGCUCAAUGCGUGACAUUCUCGCUAAUAUUGUCAGAGAGUCUGACUUUAUUAUGUGUAAAGCUUCCAUUUUCCGGGAGUAAAAACAUCCAAAUUCGGGAAUUAAAAGGCCAAAAUCGG